CGUCUGUUUCCGUCUCUAUCUCUCUGGAGCUCGUGCAUAGGCGCCAGAGCUGUACGAGCACCCGUCUGGUCCCCGGCGCGGGUGUAUGUUGACAAGGCCCCUCAAGUCCUUCUUUUGAUUUCUUCUCUUUUUUCCUUCUCCUUCAUCACCUUUUCGCGCUCGGCGUCGCCGCCGACAACCACCAUCCCGACGCCGCGUCAGCCGUCGCCUACACCACCCCGCGGUCGCGCACGAUACGACCACUCCCUCUCUCCCGCCCCCGCACACGUCUCGCCCAAGUAGAUCGUGAGGAUCUAAUCCCGUAAUCAUAAUGUCCCACUCCGCGUCGUCGUCAAUGUCCCUGUCCUCGCCCAAUGGCGCUGGGGGCAGCGGCCAGAACCCCCUCGCCGAAGGCAACGACGAGAAGAACAGCGUCGUCAUCAAGGUCGGCAUGGUUGGUGACUCGCAAAUCGGCAAGACCAGUCUCAUGGUCAAGUAUGUCGAGGGCAGCUUCGACGAGGAUUACAUCCAGACGCUGGGCGUCAACUUCAUGGAGAAGACCAUAUCCGUGCGGCGAACAACCAUCACCUUUUCAAUAUGGGAUCUCGGUGGUCAGCGAGAGUUUGUCAAUAUGCUCCCAUUAGUGUGCAAUGACGCUGUCGCCAUCCUCUUCAUGUUCGACCUGUCGAGGAAGUCGACGCUCAACUCCGUAAAGGAGUGGUACCGACAAGCAAGAGGGUUCAAUAAGACUGCAAUCCCGUUCCUUAUCGGCACCAAGUACGAUCAGUUUGCGACGCUACCGCGAGAUGAGCAGGAGGAGAUCACAAAACAGGCGAAGCGGUUCGCAAGAGCCAUGCACGCUUCCUUGAUCUUCUGUUCAACAUCCGCUUCGAUAAAUGUGCAAAAGAUCUUCAAGAUAGUACUCGCGAAGGCGUUCGAUCUCAAAUGCGUCAUACCAGAAAUCGAAGGUGUCGGCGAGCCCAUCCUGAUAUACGUCGACGUAUAAGAGACAUCUCGCCGUGAACGGCACAUGUGGGGUGCGGGUACGGAGGGCGAAGCAGGGCCGCCAGUCAGUCGUAGCAUAGAGGUGCAGUCAGGCCCUCGGAGUGCUCAAUCACAGAUCAGGGCAUGUGUCUAUACGGAAGGACCUGAAGGAAGGAGAGGACGGCCUGCUCCACAUCGUUAACUGGCCUACGCAGGACGAAGACUGAGUCCGCUGUCGUGUCAGCCGCCUGGCCGGCCACGCCUACUCGGCACCCGCGCCUCGAGGCUACGGACAUUGGUUAGAUAUAAACGGAAACGGACGAUCGGCUGCCGCCUAAACCGUCCCCUCCCCUCCCCGUUUGCAUGCAUCAUAAUCUCAGAUGUGCUGUCCUCUACUUUCGCCUUCGAAUUCCUGCGUAGCAUAUCCGUUCGUUUUUAGGGUCAUAGUUCUAUCAUACGUAUACUUCCCCCAUCCGUAUACUUCCUCAUCCAUCUUCCCCUCUUUAACAUAUACUCACUGUACACCUACUCCUCCAAGCCGUAUGCCACACCCUGCUCCUCGGCCGCGACUGCAUGCCGCCUGUGCGGCUAGCGCGCUCGCUUGCCUUCCAUUGCCCCGCCUCAUCGUAUUGCUUACUCGUCACUGUUGUCGCUUUUUGCAGUAUUUACUCUAUCUCGUCGUUGCACGCUUAUACCGUAUGCCUCAACCGUUCUUGCAUUUCAUGGACAAAAUCGCCUGCAA